GUUGUCCUUUCUGUUCUGUGGUUGUCAUCUGUCAAAUUUUUGGCGUCUUUUCGUAACAAGAACGUAGUGCCGGAAAAAUCCUCAAUCAUCGGCUCAAAUAACUGAUUUUUGUUCAAAUUUCCACGUUGUUGUAAUUUCAAAUCGUCCAAAAUGUCGAUUGGUGUGCCUAUUAAAGUGCUCCAUGAAGCCGAAGGGCACAUCGUCACUUGCGAGACCAUAACCGGCGAAGUCUACAGGGGCAAACUAAUAGAAGCUGAAGACAACAUGAAUUGCCAAAUGACACAAAUCACUGUGACCUAUCGUGACGGGCGUGUGGCCCAACUGGAAAAUGUGUACAUUCGGGGCUCAAAAAUCCGGUUUCUGAUACUUCCAGACAUGUUAAAGAACGCCCCCAUGUUCAAGAAACAGACAAAGGCCGGGACGGCGGGGCGAGGCAAGUCGGCGAUAUUACGGGCUCAAGCGGCAAGGGGACGAGGUCGCGGGGCUAAUCCAGCCGUGAGGGGUGGAAGAGGCGCCACUUGGCAAACGCCAUCGCAGGGGGCUGCUGCAGGACGUGGACGAUAAUUUAGUGUAAAUUAGUGUUUGAAUUAAGUGUGACUGAAAUAGGUUAAGUACAAGAAGUUUGAGUGGUGUUUUUAUAUUGACGUGGCAAAGUAGGUAUGAUACGAGACCUGGAUAAAUUAGUAUGAAUUUGGGUUUAAUGAAACAUGAGAAUAUUUACUAAAUACAGAUUUAUUUCUAUUUAAACAGUAAAAUUGUAAAGGACAUUUAUUAAAAGUUUGUUAAUAAUUUAAGUUAAAAAUUACAUAUUUAUACCGAAUCUUGGUCCAGUUUCACUUCAUGGUCAAUUUAAUGAUGGGAGUUUUGGUGAUGACCAAAAUUCCAUCACUAAGUUGACCAUGAGGCUAAAUUGGACCACGAUUUGAUUAAGGUACUCUGUGCUUAAAGUCGUUUGCUUUUGUAAAUGCUUUUUCCUCAUUCAUUUUUUUUUAUUGACACUAACGAUAACACUUGGAUGAUAAAUGUGAAUCGAGUGAUUCUUUGGAAACAUUUAAUUUUUAAAAUUCCAUCACUAAAUUGCCAUGAAGCGAAAUUUUUAGAUUUUUUUAGAUGUUCUGCUACAUCAUCAAACGACCUUUGUUUUUCUCAAUAUUUAUUUUAUCACGUUUUAGUAAGGUAUACUAGGGGGCUGGCGGGGGGUACAUUUGGGGGUUGUAACGGGGUUAAAGCCCGUAUUGUCGUCACUGGGGACCAGGGUUUCCUCGAUCUCGUCAUUUUCAUUGUGUUUAAUAAAGUUUUUCCCACUUUUUUGCGUCGAACCAUUUAGGUUUUCUUCUAACCCUCACUUAUGUCAACUAUGAAGUUUCAAAUUUAGGGAAUUUUUAUUUCACACCAGAUUUUGUCAAAAGGGGAAUUUUAGCGGUCCAAACGCAAGAUAAGGCAAACUAACCCGGACAUGUAUUUCACUCAAAAGGAAUAAAACGCAAACCUGUCAAAGUUUCCGCUGACAUUUGACAUCAAAAAUCAGGAUUGCCAUCUGAAGGACUUUAAUCACCGCCUACACUAAUUUAUUUAUUUUUUUGAUCGCACGGUAUAAUUAUUGUAUCAACAAUAAAUUACUCCCUAGGAUUUAGGAAUAUUUAUGUAUAGGGUUGCCAUAUAUUUGGUUAGGUUGGUUUCUGGUGUCAACCGACAACAACAAGGGGUAACCAACCUUAGGCAUACAAAACUUCUUCUGAAAAUUCUAGUUACAAACAACAUGAAAAACGUAAUUUUCCUGAAAGUUCAAAUCCUAGGUGGUAAUUUCUUGUUGACAAAUCUGUAUUAUUCUAAAAAUUCCUCAUUUUGAUUAUUUUAAGUUGAAACGUACAUGAAAUAAAUGCUUCCAAAUUUUUAUUUUCAA